AUGUUCCGACUGCAGCAGCACAUCAUGACCUUCACUGACGUUGCAAUCUUGAACACCGUUCAAAUGGUCCUGACGAACUUAGCAGCCCCGUUUUGGGGAAUCCUCGCUGACAGAGGCACCCUGAAGAGGAAGCACAUCAUUCUUCUCGGUGCCCUUGGGGAGGGUGUUGCAGCCUGCUUGAUGUCCAUGGUCCCCAACUUUCUGGUCAUGGUGCUGCUCCGGGGCAUGAGUGGCUUCUUCCUGGCCUCCCUCAGGCCUGUGGUGAACGGCAUCAUUGCGGACAUGACGUCAGAUGACCGGCGUGGAAAGAUGUUCUCAGUAGUGCAAAGCUCCCUUCUGCUGGGGAUGUGCGGCACCACUCUGAUAGCCGGCAACGUAGCCAACCGCGAUCUGGGCAGCCUGCCUGGGUGGCGAUUCAUCUUUUUGUUGGCAGGCUGCAUCGCUGCCUCAAUUGGGGUAGUGGUGUGCCUACUCAUGGUGGAGCCCCCUAAGAAGCUGGACGACUCAGCGGACAAGAAGGGCUGCGCCGCCGUAGUGGAGGAGUUGCGUGCACUGCUGAGCUUCCUGUGCAUUCCGACCUUCUGCAUCAUGGUUGUGCAGGGGAUCUUCGGAACCAUCCCGUGGACUGUCAUGGGCAACAACCUUCUCUUCUUCAAGCUGUCCGGCCUGCAAGAUUGGGAAGGAUCCAUACUGGCCUCCGAAGGCACCGUCGUGGGAGUCUUCGGCAACCUCUUGGGCGGUGUGGUAGCCGACUGCCUAGCAGCCCGCUUGGGCUACCAUGGUCGGCCACUGAAUGCACAGAUUACAGUGGCCAUCGGCAUCCCCUUGAUUUACCUUUGGUUCCUUGGCAUCCCUCCUGGGUCUGAUGCGAGCACUUUUGGAGUGUACUUCACAAUCAUUGCGGGCUUUAGCCUACUUGGCUGCUGGGCACAGUCGGGGACCAACUUCCCCAUCCUGUCGGAUAUUGUGCCGCCGCAGCACCGAAGCAAAGUCAUGGCUUGGGAGUGCGCGCUGGAGAACUCCAUCGCCACUCUGAUAGGCCCUCUCUUCGUGGCCAAGCUGUCUUUGGCGUUUGGCUACACUUUCGGCGAGUCGGAGGAUGAAACCGGGAAGAACCUCGGAGCUGCUACAGCUUUGGGGCAGGCGAUGGCGGCCACAAUCUGCAUACCUUGGCUGGUGACCUUCGCCCUCUACAGCCUCCUUCACCUAUCCUAUCCUAUGGACAUGCGACGGUUGAAGGCUCGAAUGCAGACCGAAGAGGCUGAAGCCCCAAAGCGCGACGAGCCGGAGAUCAUCUGA